GUUUUGAAGUUGAUGAUGUAGCCGGGAAUUGGAAUUGUCAUUUACUUAAGCUUUAGGCUUUAUUGACACAUGAGCGUAACUAUUUGUGGUUAGUCUUCAUGGAUGAAUUUGGCAGUACUCAAAUUGAAGUUCCUGCAUCUAGUACAAGGAAGAGGAGGAGCAGCAUUCCUCGGCGACCUAGGCCUGAUAUACAGCUGUUUCCUGGAAGUUAUGAUCCAUCACCCUUGCCAUCAACUCCAGUUUCAAAUGAUGUUGGCAGGAUCUCCAGUGAUGAAACUGAUGGCGAUGUUAAUUCUGGAGGGAAGAUUUUCAGCCUUACCCAGUGUAUAUCAAGGGGCUCUCCUGCUACUAUACCUGAAAGUGAAAACCCAAAUAAGAAGAUUAAGGAUGAUCUAGGAUCUAGAGUGUCCUAUGGCAAUGGUGGACUAGGAGAUGAUACACACCACCAGAGGAGCCCUACCAGACAGUUGGGAACAAUUCGUAAUGGUGUCGGAAAUGACAACAAACUUAAGAAAGUUAAACUGAAGGUUGGUGGGGUGACGCGUACUAUUCAAGCCAAAAAUGGUUCCCAUGGUGCAUCUGGUAGUGGAUCUUCUACAAAGAGUUCUCGACCUUCGGAUGCCUCUCGGUCACGACAGAAACUUACCCUUCAGUCUCAGGACAAUUCAGGAGAGAGCCAUUCUCCUUCAGAUAAGAAAAUCCCUUUGCAAGGAAAUCCAUUGAAAGAUUUCCCCAGGGGUUUUGAUUCCUGCAAGGAGAGUAACAGGAAGAUGCCGCCCAAGAAUGCUGUUGAGAAGCAAACUGAAAAGUCAGAUUCAGUCCGAAAGAGCAAGAGGGUCCCAAAAAGGCGUGUUUUGGAUGGGGCAUUUGAUGAGGAUGAUGAAGAUGAUGAGAUCCGUUAUUUGGAAAAGCUUAAGACAUCGAAGGUUGCUGGCAUUAGAGAUUUUGAGGAGGAAUCUGCCCAUAAACAUCGGAGUAUCGCUAGGGUUUCUAAGGGGGUGAAGUAUGAAAGUGUUGAAGAGGUUGGAAGGUCAGUCAAAGAUGGUAAGAAGAGAUCAGAUGGUAAAGGUUCCGAGGACACUGACUAUGAAGAGGAGGAAGAAUUGCUGUCUGAUGGUGAACCUGAAGGUAAAAAGAAACAGAAACAAAGAAGGGACUCACCUGAUACACAGACGGAAACUAAGAGGGAAGUAACUCUUACAACACGCCAACGGGCUCUUCUCUCAAGCAAGGAAGCAUCUGCAUCUGGUGUGAGCCAGGUUGAGUUCCCUAAUGGUUUACCGCCACCUCCAUCUCGAAAACAAAAAGAGAAACUCACUGAAGUGGAGCAGCAACUGAAGAAAGCUGAGGCUGCUCAGAGGCGUAGAAUGCAAAAUGAGAAGGCAGCUCGAGAAUCAGAGGCUGAAGCAAUUAGAAAAAUACUUGGUCAAGAUUCGAAUAGAAAGAAGAAAGAAGAUAAAAUAAAGAAGCGCCAAGAAGAGUUGGCCCAGGAGAGGGCUGCUAAAGAUCAAAUGCUUGCAUCUGACACCAUCAGAAUUGUCAUGACCCCUACAGGGACAGUUGUGACAUUUCCCAUGGAGAUGGGUUUACCCUCUAUAUUUGAUCCCAAACCCUGCAGUUAUCCACCCCCUCGAGAAAAAUGUGCUGGCCCUUCCUGUUCGAACCCUUACAAAUAUCGUGAUUCCAAGUCAAAUCUUCCUCUCUGCAGUCUCAAGUGCUACAAGGCUAUUCAUGCCAAGAUGGAUGCUGAAAAGGUGUGCUAACACUGUGGCGCAUUGUCCUUUCCCUCACAAUCUUGGUGUUACUGCAUAUACAUGUUUAUUUGAUGGAUACUAAUGUGAAUAUUUCACAUUUGCAUAACAUAGAGAGAAUAUAGAGGAAUGGGAUUCUCCAGCACUUAAAAUGCAGAGCUGGGAAUAAGAUCUACUGGAACAACUUUUUGUAUUUACAAGUAUAUGACCUAUUUUUUACUUUCCCCUUAAAAAAAAAAAAAAUCACCAGUCAGACUGAGUUAAUCUGAAUAGUGAUUUUAUGUUUUAGCUGUUCCUUGCUGAUUGUUACUCGGCCUCCCUAUGGUUAUGCAUUUCUUGGAUGAUAGGUUGUGUUGCUC